CCAUCGCCGCAGCUUCUCCUUCGCCGGAAGUCCGUCGCCCACUCCCAGUUCCAGCGCCGCCAAUCGCCGCUGCUUCCUUCGUCGGUCAUCCUCGCCAUCGAGCUGCAGGGCCGCUGUUUCGCCUUCGCCGGAAGUCCGUCGCUCAUCACCGUCGAGCGCCGCCAGUCGCCUCCAGCCGCCGUCGCCCUUAGCUCAGGUCAGUCUCUUCUUCAUCUUCCUCGCAAUUUCCUCUGCAAUUGGACCUCUGGAGCAGCGCCACGCCGGGUCACCACCUUCGCCGGCGGUCGCUGCGACUCACCGGGCUGAUUCAUCGCCGGUUCACCGUUGUUGCAGCUAGGGAUUUCGCCGGACAGAGGCUAUCACCGUAGCUGCUCCUCUGUUCGUGAUUUCUGGGAGCUGCUGCCGCCUCGCCACUGUCGCCGGCGUCCGUCACCGUCGCCGCAUCCAGCCGCUGCCCCGGAUUGAUAUCGCCGGCGGAUUAACCUCCACGCCGGAUUGAUUGGUCGAUUUCGUAUUUUGACUCAAUUUGACCCGUUCGUUUGAUUUCGUUGAUUUGUCUUCCGUUCGAGCUAUCGAUUCGAUUUCGGCGUAAUCCAGGUCCGUACUAUGAAGUUAAUAGCAUUUAGAAUAGAUUUAAUGGUUUGGA